AUGCUUCAGGAAGCAGGCUUAGCGGACAUGCAAACAUGCGAACCCAUCGAAGUGGAAACCCUCACUGAAGCAUCUGGAAAGCCUCUGGGUAAUCUGGACAGGACUGAAGUUUCACUUGGCGACUCUGAACCGACUACUUCCAAGAGAUUUAUACUUGACCAAUGGGGGACCGAGGGAACGAUGAUUAAAAUCUUGCAAAAUAUAAAGGAGGGGUCAAGACCGAUUACUAUCAAUAACCUAGUAAUGAAGGAACCAACACUACCAGGAAAAAAAUUGAAGCAAUGGGGCUUCAACCAAGUGUGUAAAGAUCCACAAACUAUGGAAAUUACAGACAUAUUUUUGGGACUGAAAUUUGAUACAGUAAUGUGA